AUGGAUGAAUUGGGUUCAUCAAUACGACACUCGAAUAGAUAUGCGAAUGUUCGUUGUGUAUCAUUCUUCUUUGCACCUAAUCAAACAAUGUUUACAAUUCUCUAUCCAAUUGUUCGUAUUGAUCAAUCAUAUACGGAAAUUUUUCGUAAUUUUGUCUACGAUAAUAAAGAUACAUUAGAUCGUCGUAUUCGAUUGUUACCAUGGGAACAUAUAAAUGAUCGUAAAAUAUUUCUUCGAAAUUUAAUGAUAGAAAAUAAUUCAGAAAUAUUUAAUAAAAAACUUGAAAAUAAUCUUGAAAUAUAUGAAAAAUGUCAUCAAAAUGAUUUAUAUGAUAAAAAUUCGAUUAUAAGUCAAUCAAUAAAAAAUGAUAAUGAUUAUAUUUGGAAAGUUUAUACUGAUCAUGAACUAGUUAAACAAUAUUUAACUGAUAAACAUUAUCAAUUAAUUGAUAAUCCUGAUCAAGCAGAUAUUUUAUUUGUUAUGAAACAACUCAAAGAUUUUCGUUAUGAAACUUUAGGUAAUAAAUUAAUUAAUCAAUUUCCAUUUGAAAAUAUUGUUACAAACAAAGAAUUAUUAGCACUCAGUGCAAGACGAUGGAAAUCAUUAUAUGGUUCAUCAUCAUCAUCAUCUGAUAAUGAUCCGUAUAUUGAUCCACAUGGAAGUCCUCCAUGGUUAGCAACAACAUUUAAUCUCACCUAUGAAUUACCACAAUUUGCUAUUUAUUUUCAAUAUCGUGAAGAUCAACAACUUGAUAAUACAUGGAUAAUAAAACCAAUAAAUCUAACACGUUCAAUUGAUAUGUCCGUAACAAAUACAUUUGAUAUGAUUAUUCGUUUACCUGAAUCCGGCCCAAAAAUUGCAUGCAAAUAUAUUUCUUCACCUGUUCUAUUAAGAAUACCUGAAAUGGAAAAUCAGCAUGUUAAAUUUGAUGUUCGUUAUGUUCUACUUUUACGUAGUAUACGUCCAUUAAAAUUAUAUGUUCAUAAAAUUUUUUGGCUUCGUUUUGCAAAUAAGCCAUUUUCGAUGAAUGAAUUAGAUGAUUAUGAAACACAUUUUACUGUUAUGAAUUAUCGACCAAAUGCAUUUUUACGACAAAUGAAUUGUCAAACAUUUAUAUCAAUGUAUAAUGAACAAUAUGGUGAAAAUAAUCAAACAUGGUCAAUUGUUGAACAACGUAUAUUUCAAAUGUUUAGAGAAGCAUUUCAAUGUGCAACUAUAGAAGAACCACCAUUUGGUAUUGCAUCAUGUUUAUCAUCACGAGCUUUAUAUGCAGCUGAUUUAAUGCUUGAAAUGAUUGAUAAUAAAGUACAACCAAAAUUAUUAGAAAUUAAUUUUACACCUGAUUGUCAUCGUGCUUGUACUUUCUAUCCAAAUUUUUAUAAUCAAGUGUUCAAUGUUCUUUUUCGCAAUAUAAGUGAAGAGCAAGAUGUUAUAGAUAUUUCAGUGUAA